UGUCACAGCUUCAAUCCGCUUAUAAUAAGUUGCACCCCUCUGCUCAGUAUGAGCAUUAGUUCGACAUGUCUACUCUCUCAUUUGACUCCAUGGCUUCACUUCGUUCCACUCAGUCAUAUGAUGCGACUGCUGACCCAAGAGCUCUUGCUGAAGAACAACUCCCCGAGGCCCUUCAUUGCACGUCUCUCUCGACGAGAGUACUUUGUUUUUUAGCGCUUGGACGCCCAGAUCUUGAAGAUCAUUGGAAGUCCCUCCAAUCAGAGCAAGCAUUCGAAACCGUCAGAACUAGGUUGUGCUCUAUCCUGACCAGCACUAUCACCACAGCGGGCGUUAUCCUUGCUAUAAGUGGUGUUUUCGUCACUACCGGCUCUCCUGUGUCAUACUUUGACUAUACGUUACCCGCUCCCCAUUGCCUGCUCUUUAUAUCCCUCAUGCUCGCUAUGAUCGCGCUGCUGACAUCUGGUACGAGCAUGAUACGUUGGCUACACACCGAUCGGCAUUGGAUUCAAGAGCAACUUAAGCUAGGCAGCUAUUUCGUGUUGUCCUACCUGUUGUCAAUAGUCACUCCCAUGUUCUUCAUCGCCUGCUCCCUACAUUGUUUCAUAUUUGCGAUGUUGAUUGCAGGGUUUUCCUCUCAGAGCAUGAUCUGCCGCGUUGUCGCUGCAGUCUGGAUGGUCACUUACGUCGUCAACAUCGGAACAAUAUUGAUGGAAACUAGGUGGAAGUAUGCGACAAGCCUUGAUCACGCUAGAUAUUAUCAGUAGUUUCCACUUUCUUACUUUGCUCCUUGUUUUACCCGCGAACGGCAGUUUGCGUGUGUUGUAUAUAACCUCCUGAUAUAUAUGGCGCACAUGAGUGUGCUCGAAAUGUAGAUGAAUGUGUGCAAUCUGUGACCUUCAGUUACGCCAAU